GUGAGAAUUCAUGAAAUAAUCAUCUAAAGAGAAACUGCUUCGAUCUUCUACCAAAUUCUCUGAACUUAUUCCUUAUGGCAAUGUAUAGAGAUUAGUUUGGAGAAUUUGUAUGUGGAUAUUGGGACUUUAUAGAGGGUUAACAAGUGGCCUAUGUAUGCUUUAGGGUCUAGCUGGUUUUUAGAACCAUUGAUGUAUCUUGUUGCAGCAAACAGACUGGUACUUUAGUUGCUGGUGAUAAUGUUAAAUGAAAUCAUUGCAGCUGCUGUAACCCAGUUCAUUUAACUUAAUAAUUACCUGUUUUAAUUCUUAACAUUUUUGUGACAGUUGGAACCAGAGAACACAGAAGAUUAUAUUGAUUAUCUCAAAUCUGUGGGCUGGCUGGAUGAAGCGGCCACCCGACUUGCCUUCAUUGUUAAUAAGGUACAUUCAUCUGCUGGGAAUACUGUCAACUUAUUCUCACUGUUAAUGAUUUAAAGAUUUUAUCAAAAAGCACCAUUUGAAGAUAGUCCAGCUAUUUUCUGGUCACUUUCUGACUGAAAAGAACCAAAACAGCCCAAAUCUCCUUCCAGGUUUGCCCCCUUAUUUUCCAUCCCACCUCUAAGAAAAUUCUUGCUUCAGUCUGGGAUUUUUUAACCAAACAAAUAUCAUAGAGGUUAAAAAUUCAACCAAAGUGAAGGUUGAUGAAUAGCCUAAUUGAGGAAGGCAACUGCCAAAACGAUAUAGGGAAAACAGAACAAUAAAUCCUAGGCGUGGUGUAUGGUGCGUGGCACUUCAUGCCACUAAUAAAGGGAUGCUUACAACAUGCCAAAUUUGUGACAAAAACUAAUAAUCAAAUUAGGGCAGUGUUUAGUACAAAUUUCUUAGAGUGUCUGCAACCUGAGAUUAGUUCAUUUCUAUUGUUCAGGACCUUUAGACAUUUCUGGUUUACAAAUUAUAUAGUAUUUCUCCAACAAGCACAAAUUACAUUUCUUGGUGACGUUUGUAUGCGAUUUUGCUUGCUUUACUUUGCACCAUUUAAUGGUAUAUUUCACGUUCUUAUCCUUCAAGUUCCAAAUAAUUAUAUUUGCUAAGUUCCAUUGCAUGCUUGUAAUGUUCGUUCUUGAAUGAGCACAUGUGGUUUCUAGUUCAACUAUUGAGCACUCUUAUAGUUGACUAGGACAUCACUCUGGUACUGUGUUCUGAUAUUUAUUAUAUAUAAUUUGAGCUGCAUACACAAGGGUUUAUUUAAUGAUGACUGAGAACCUGAAUGUUUGAGAAUACAAAUUUACAGUUUAUCGAGUGAGGGGUCAAUUUAAUAAACAAAACUUUUACAUAGUGUAGCCACUGUUUUGGAGUCUGAAAACAAUAGCUACACUUGUAAAUUACACUUGUAAAAGUUUAAUUAAACUGACCUGACGUUACACUCUCACCAGGACUGACGGAAUACAACAUGGUCAUAGUUUCCUUUUUGUAUGGUACUCUCUUGUGCUUGGCAUUUAUUGAUUUACAAUUUUUUUCCCAGGAAAAAUUUGUAUCUAAGGAAGGGAAAUCAAAUCAUAAGGUAUAUCUAACAUCAUAACUUUUUAAUACUUAAUAACUUUGAUAUUUGAUAGUUGUAAACCUGCAGCCUAAUGAAUUCACUAAUGAUGGUGGUAAUUGGCAUGGGUUAUGUUAAUGAGAGAUUUAGAAAUCAUGUAAAUUACAGCAAACAUGAGAUUCUACUUGACAAUUUAUAAAACAAGGAAAUGAGCUGACAAAAACUGUCUGAAACUACUUAUAUUUCAGUGCAGACAUAAGAAAAAGCAAAGGUAAAUGUUGGUCAUGUGUUGCAGAUUGCCAUUUGCUGUAAACAUGAUUCUGAGUUUCCCUAGUAUCAUAUAUAUGCAUACUUUCUACAGUUAUUAAGAGUUUACUUGUGUCUAUUUUUGUUCAGCUGUGGCAAGAGUUGUGUGAGCAAAAAUGAGAUUCUACUAAAAAAAUUUAUAAAACAAGGAAAUGAACUAACAAAAAAUGUCUGAAAUAAUUGUUAAGAAUGAACAGGUCUGGUGUGAAACUACUUAUAUUUUAAGCAAAGGGAAAUGUUGGUCAUGUGUUGCAGAUUGCCAUUUGCUGUGAACAUGAUUCUGAGUGUCUCUACUAUCAUAUACACUGUAUGCAUACUUUCCAUAAUUAUUAAAAGUUUGCUUGUGUCUUUUUUUGUUCAGCUGUGGCAAGAGUUGUGUGAGCUUAUAUCCAAGAAUCCAGAUAAGGUGAUCAUUGUAACAUAAUACACUCAAACCCUGCUUAAAGGACACCUGCUUUGAUACAGACACCUCAUUAUUGCAGACAGUUUUCCUUGUCCUUGGCGAUAGAAAGCCCUGAUAUUUUCUCUAAAUUCAACCCGCUUAAUACAGACACCCAUUAAUGUGGACAAUGGACACUUGUUUGUUUGCCCAAUCAACAGGUUCUCAUUGAAAGACAACCUCGCUAAUGUGGACACUUCAUCGUCAACAGUGUGCUGUAAUAAGCCUUUCCUUUUUUAAGGUGAAAAAAGCUUUAGGUGACAGCAUGUUGACGUUCCCAUAUUGCUACAGUACACUGGAUAGGAUGAAUUUUAAAUGUCAGUUAGAGACUAUUCCGGCAUCAAACGAGUUUUGCAGAGAAUGGUUGUUGAUUAAGUAACAUAUAAAUGAUCGACUUUUGAUUGCUUCCAUGGACAUACAUGUUGGCAAUCAUGGCUUUUGUGAUGGUUUGAUAUGCAUAAUUGGACAGUGAUAGUUUCCCUUUUAUUUGUUUAGUAUUUUGUCCAAAUGAAAGGUGUAUUUUUACUUCCCGUAUUUUUUGGUUAUAAGGUACACUUGGUUAUAAGACGCACACUGAAGUUUUGAACUUGAUUCUUUCAAGUUGACAAACUGAAAAUUUUGCCUAAAUGCCUGGUAAUAAGACACAACCUCAACUUUGUUCUUAACAUGACCCACUUAAUACAGACACCCUGUUAAUAUGGACACUUUCUAUGGCCCAAUCAGUGUCCUCAUUAGCGGAGUUUGACCGUAACAUAUUAUGACAGGUAGCCAACUGCUCUGAUCUACACAACAUAUGUCUAUGUUUCACUGAUUUUGUUGCAAAUAAUUGUGGUAAGUCCUGCUUGGAUUCUGAUCUUAUGAAAAAUCAUGAGUCCCAAUCCACAGGGGCACCCAACGUCAAUUUUCGGAAAACAUCUGUUCGGAAAACGAUUUGAGAUCUAGAAUUUUCGGAACAUUUGUUGUAAAAUUUCUUGCUUGCCUGUCUCUCCUGGGAUUUUCGAACAUCUAAAAAAUGAUAUAAUUACCCAUUUUUAACGGAUUUUUACCCUAAAAAGGUCACCUAGAAUUUUCGGGAGCCUUUUUUCUGGCUGAAAUUUUCGAAAAGGUAAGGUUUGAUCCAUAUAAUUUUCGGAUCACUAGACUUUCAGCUAGGAAAUCCGAACAAAUGGAAAACUUUUGGGGGAUAAAAAUAUGCCUAUUUCUACCAUUUAAAUACUAAAAUACUUUCAACAAUGCUAUGUUUAAGUGGUUUUAAACUAUAUUCUCGAUGGGUGCCCCUGAAUCCAGAACCAUUGAGGCCCAGUUCAAAAAACAAUGAGUCCUAAAUUGAAAAUGCUUGGGCCUUUGUGUAAGCAACAGUUAAUCUGAAGACAGAGCCCAAAAGUCUGUAUUACAGUUAACUGAAAUAAAAAUUAACAUGUACUUCUUUUAUUGUAAAGCAUAACAAAGACUAAAGCAAUUAUGCAUCAUUAAAGAACAGCCUCAAGAACAGCCACAGAAAUCACAUGAAUAGGAUAUUAAACAAAUUAAAAACAUCUUAAGAUCAAUCAAUCAGUUUUUGCGUUCCAUGCAGGCCAUGAAUUAUUUUUCGUCUUUGGGGUUUUUAUGCAUCAGGGACACAGGACGCAGAGGUAACAAAAUCACUGAUGUUUUGUCCUUUAUAUAUGAUCUAAUAGAAAAGAGAAAUCAAAAUUGUAAAACGUUUUGGCUGCAAAAACAAAAGUUAGCCUUGGUACCUAAUGUGCAAAGUUAGAAAGAUAUGGUGUUUUGAAUAAAUUAUAGUGCUGUCUUUCCUCAGAUCAAGAGCCUCAAAGUUGCUGACAUUAUCCGAGGAGGUUUGCGUCGCUUUUCUGACAGCUUAGGUCAACUGUGGAAUUCACUGGCAGAUUUCUUCAUAAGAAGCGGACACUUUGAAAAGGUGAGGCCUUUGGUCUCUGCGAAUAUGAACAAAGGGGUGAAAGGAAGAAGGCCUUUGAGUGAUCUGACAACUUAAUGAGCAAAUGUUGAUUUAUAUUUCCUCAGGCUCGAGAUGUGUAUGAAGAGGCUAUUCAAACUGUAAUGACUGUAAGAGAUUUUGGGCAGGUAUUGUUAAAUAUAACUGAUCGGAUUAUUGACUCUGACUCACAGAUCAAUUGACUGAUCACUUGCUUUUACAAACUGUGCAUUGCAUGGGAUUCAGGCAGUGAUGGGUGGACUGACUUGUUGUUGGUGUUGUUAAAUUACUUUGUAGGUGUUUGAUGCUUAUGCACAAUUUGAGGAAAGCAUGAUCAGUGCUAAGAUGGAAACCACAGCAGAAAUGGGUGCAACUGAGGAAGGUACACUGUCAUUUAUUUCAUCCUGUUCCUGUUACAGAAGAAUCAUUCUUAGUUGCUCAUAUUUUGGCAAGAAGGGAUGCUUUUUUAUUCAAGCUUGACUACACACACAAUACUGUAAUGCAAGCAAUACUGAACUUAUUUUAUUGCGGGGCAACAUAGGAGCCCCAAUCCUAAUGUUAUUACGCAUGCGUCGCAUUUAUGUAGCCAGCAUUUGUUUGGACUUCCACUGAGAAUGAAUGGAAUGCACAUAACGCAAUUUGAUCACGCGCGUUUGGACUUUCUAACCCUCGUAAUCUGAUCACGCGUGUUUUGACCCUCUGUCACGUGAAACUUACGCAAAGCACAUCGCUGGAGCAAAAGCGUUUUAACCUUCGAUCGUUGUCGCCCGCGCUCCGUAACCUUUGGUUAUUACUAGUUAGAUUCACCGUUUCUUGGCAGGGUCACUACAACAGCAUGACGUCAAUUACUGCGGGCCCGUAAAGGUCCCCUCCCCCUGAGAGAUAGAUCACAUCAGCAGGGUCUACGUCCUCUACUCUUUUCGAACAGCAGUGUGGGUUCUUUUAAGUCUCUUUCCAAUUGAUACCAAAGGAGGAAGGAUACAAGGCCAAUGGCUUAACGUGACUGCUCAAUGAUGCGAUCAUUUGAACUGACACAAGAUCUUAAAUCACAGCCAGUAUGAUCUUACCAGUUUUUUUAAAGACCCUGAUUGUUGGUGUGGCCGAGGUUUAAAUUCGUUUCCCCUUGCUUGGCAGACCGGUCCUCUCCCAACUGAGCUAACCGGGUGGUGGUGACUCGCAAAUGGAUGGGGCGGGGAAGUUCUCUAGUUUCACUUUUUGUUAAGCAGAAUCCAUCGUCAUCUUUCAGGAGCAUUAAAUAAGCAGACUGUUUUACUGUCACUGAACACUUUUCUUUCAAGUAAUUUUUAAUUUUUCCUGUUUGGAACCUUAUAUAACUGUGCUUGUAUUUUCCACAUACAGCCCACAGUUGCUCAGUUCGUACUAACGAAGGGCUGCUUUUCAAAACGUCAGUUUUGAUAAGCUUUUGAUCGUGGCCAAUUUCUGUAGUCUAAAAUAACCGUGCAUUUAAUUUUGGUUGUCAGAUGACAUCGACUUAGAACUUAGGAUGGCAAGAUUUGAACAUCUCAUGGACAGAAGACCACUUCUCCUUAGCAGGUACUUAUAUAAGGAGGUGUGGCCAUGAAACUCUUUCAGUGCAGUGGUCUAUUAAAUCUCUUAUCUGUCUAGCAGAGGUUGAUUUUGUCAUUGCUUUGAAGUAAAUCUUUGAAAUUGGUGAUGGAACAUUUCGGCUUUUUUCUUAAUUUCCUUUUUUUCACACCUUUGUUUAAGACAAUGACAAUAUAAGACAACCUUUCUUGUGUAAACUUGUAUUAGGCAAGCCGUUUAUUUUUUCUCAAACAAUUGCGUUGCGUGAUUUUUUUUUAAAAUAGAAUACAGAGAGGAACGUUACUUUAUAACGGAUUGUUUUGCUGGGUCUUUUCUUUUCGAUCAACAAUGAUUUUAUUGUCCUUAAUCACAAUGUAGCUCGAUAAAGUCAAACCAACUAAAUCGGCCUUUAAAAGAGCGCUGAUCUGCAGAGCCAGAGGUUUGGUGAUAGACAGCAGCCAAGUGAAUUUUUCGGUUUUAAAAUAGCUGAAGACAAAGGUACUGUCUUUGCCCUGUAAGCAGCUAGACCUACAUAUGCUGGGAUGAUUGCGUAGUAAGGACAGAAAUGACUUCUGCUAAGUAAAGAUACCUUUUUUAUUGUCAUUAUCUAAUUUCAUUUCACCGUUUUCCUUUCGUUCUUUAGCGUUCUUUUGCGUCAAAAUCCCCACAAUGUACACGAAUGGCAUAAAAGAGUGAAAUUAUACGAGGGAAAACCGAAAGAAAUCAUUAACACGUACACAGAGGCAGUUCAAACGGUGGACCCCAAACUGGCGGCGGGCAAACCUCACACUCUUUGGGUGGAGUUUGCAAAGUUUUACGAGCAGCAUGGUCAGUUGGCUGAGGCACGAGUGAUAUUUGAUAAAGCUACUAAAGUAAACUACCGUAAAGUGGACGAUCUGGCUAGUGUGUGGUGCGAGUUUAGCGAAAUGGAGAUCAGGCAUGAGUAAGUUAAUUUGGUGGUAUAUUUAUCUGUAAAGUGACCAAUCCCAUUGCGUGCGGAAAUUCAAACAAGAAGCAAAUGGCAAAAAGCGCGGGAAAAGCGGGUGAACAGGUCGCGAUUAGUUUUGGUUUUAUCUCUGAUUGGCUGAGAAAAAGGAGUUUCAAUCAAUCACGAAGCUUACUAUUGCAAAACCAAAGUUAUUACUCUGGUCAGUCGCAAUGCGCACGGAAUUCAGGUGAACCAAUCAGAAAGCGAAGCAAAUCCACGUAGCCGACACAAAGCGCGGGAAAUAGCACGUGAGCAUGUCGUGGUUUGUUUUGGUUUCACCUCUGAUUGGUGUAGAAAAUGGCGUUUCAGACAAUCAUGAAGCUUACUAUUGCACAACCAAAGUCAUUACUCUUUCAAUCACAAUGCGCACGGUAAUUCAGAUGAACCAAUUAGAACUCGAGGUAACUGCCCGUAGCUAGCACCAAAAGCGGAAAACGCACAUAAGCAAGUACAAAUUAAAUUAUGAAGUACUGUCGACCGAAUAGUUUCCCUGUGCCAGUAUUAAAAGCAUUGGUACAUGAAGACCUAGUAUUUACCAUAUAUGAGCUAGCUCACCCUCUUCCUACCCUUUGGGUAAAGUGCCCAGUGGUAUUUGGGAUAUGACGUGUUGGAAUGUAGUCUGUGACUCAGAUUUUGUAAGUUAAUAUUAGUUGUUUGUUUACCGUGUAUUUGUUGUAUUUUCAAAUCAAUUACUUGCAGAAACUACCAACGAGCCCUAGAUCUUAUGAGAAGGGCCACUGCCAUGCCGUCUGUGAAGACCGACUUUUAUGAUGAGGUAAGAGAAUUUGUUCAAGGAAAGUAGGUAGUAUGACCGGGCCGUUAGAACGUAGGAAUUUCAAUCUAAAUACUACAAAAAGUUGAAGUGCUGGGUUCAAUCAGAAGCAUAUAACCCUAGGGUUAUAUGAUUCGGGCUCAAUUCUACUGUCUUGUUUCUCGGUAAACUGUUUAUGCUAUAAAACACAUACCGGGGAUCACUAAAAAAUGUAUAUUUUAUUUCACUUUCCUUUUGAUGGUUCCCUAAAAGCAAUUAUUUCAGUCAACAUUUUUUCUUUCGUUCAGACUGAAACAGUACAGAGACGUGUUUACAAAUCUUUGAAGCUUUGGUCCAUGUAUGCUGACUUAGAGGAGAGUCUGGGUACAUUUCAGGUAACAACAGAUUCAAAUUAUUUCGUGUAAAGAAGGUUAAAAGACUUGAGAUUCACUCAGUCUGUUACCAUUAUUUAUCGUAUUUCAUCUUCAGUAACUAAUCUACUACUUUUUUUGCAGUCGACAAAAGCAGUGUAUAAUCGAAUUCUAGACCUGCGGAUAGCCACGCCUCAGAUAAUCAUCAACUUUUGUACGUUUCUGGAAGAACAUCACUAUUUUGAGGAGGCUUUCAAGGUCAGUUGACAUUAGCAUAAAUAUUCUUCUUACUGCUUUUCCAACUUCCUUUUGUGCUACUGAAGGGAAGAGAGUUUGAACACAUGUAAUAAGUACCAGUUCAUGCAAAGUGUCUCUGAGCCUUCCCUGACGCAGGCUUUGUGUUUUGUUUUUGCAGGUUUAUGAGCGCGGAGUCGCGAUGUUUAAAUGGCCCAAUGUCUUUGAUAUCUGGAACACGUAUCUUACAAAGUUUAUUCAGCGAUAUGUAAGUUGGUUCAGAACUUCUUCACGACAGUUAGAUGAAAUUUCUAAGUUUCUUGACAUUUCUGCUCAGGUAAUGUUGAAAGUGUAAGUCUCUUCAUUUUUUAAGGAAAAAAAAUUCAGAAGAGUGAGAGUAAGAACCGAACCUGGAGCGUAGUGUUUGCACCUAUACCAUUACGCCACUGAGGAUUCGCUGGCGAGCAUUGGGUUGAUUUGAAGCUAUAUAGCAACAACCCUAACCCUAAAUAGAAGCUAACCGUUUGGAGUGAGUGCUCAUCCCUAAUCACUAUUUUCAGUGCUCAACCCUAAUCUGUAUUGUUUCUUAUCCCUAAUCACUAUAGUCAGUGCUCGAAACUGAUCGAAGCGAUAAGGAAUACUAGGUCGUAUAAAAUUCAUAAGGUGUCCAAGGGUGUUUAGGCCUAUGGGAUCUAAUGCUAACCGUUAGUGGAGCACUAUGAGUAAGAAAAAAUGUUAAAUUUUGGUAGUCACGUGACCGUCCGUACGUCCGUCCACCCCCUGCAUGUAAGCCAUUGUCAAACGUCACAUUUACUACCAGCACUAUACUAAGACAUGGAAAAUGACAAUAGCCUGUCAGUUAUUUACGCCAUGCAUAUGAAGAUGAAUUGACAGCUAUCAAAGCCGAAUCUUCUUUCCAACUAAAUUUUAACGUGGACAAGAGAGAAAGAGCUAAAGUGAGAGAUACAAAUAAAGGAGACGAAUUUCGUUGGAAGAAAGACAUUAAAAUUUUAUAGCGGCGGUGAGAAAAUGAAAAAUGCUAGCGGCCACCAAGUUGAAAAUGAGCGCUAGCGGAAAAAAGCGAACAGGAACACAUAUAACAUUUCCUCCCAAAAAUGUGUAAGUAAGAAGUUUAUGUUGUAGUCAUGCAAAACAACGGCAAAGAAAUGUACAAAUGUGUGCUGCAGGUGCAAAGUUGUUUUUUGCUAACUAACUAGAGUCAGUACUGAUUUUUUUGCCGUUUCCGUUGCCGUUGCCGUCGCCGUUUCAAUGUUUUUUUUUUGUUUUGAAUAAAAUUAAAGUAUAUUAAUGAGAGCCUCGCUUUUAGCCCUGGCUAAAGUUAUAUAUCAUUUUGUUGUACUGUAUAAUAACAGUAUAUUUGUGAGUCAAAGGAAAGUUACUUGACUUAAACAGUGCGGGAGCGCUUAGAACCAGUUUGAAGUGAACAGUUUCCAACGUCAAUUAUCUUUUUAUUUACCUUCUUAGGGUGGUAAAAAACUUGAACGUGCAAGGGAUCUCUUUGAACAAGUUCUCGAAGGCUGUCCUGCUAAAUUCGCGAAAUGUGAGAUGGAAAGAAAUUAUGUUGUUGCGAUUCCGUUGCUCUUUUAACCCUGUUCUGUGCUGUAGAAAUCAAAGGCGAAAAUCUGGAUUUUCACCAAGUGAUCUGUUAUUUUUCAGCUUUCUACUUGAUGUAUGCCAAGCUUGAAGAGGACCACGGCCUGGCUCGACAUGCAAUGGCGAUAUACGAGAGAGCAACGAAAGCCGUGUUACCAGAGGAACAGUUUGAAGUAAGAUUCCUUGUUCACAAGAAAUAUAUUAUAAUAAUGCUACUAAUAUAUUAAUGCCCUAUUAAUGCUAACUUUGUGGCAAAAAAAUAAUAACUAACCUUUCAGGUUUUUUUUUUAACAAUAUGAGGAUGGAUCUGAUUUUAAGUUUCUGUCAUCUUUUAGCUAUGAUAACACAUAUGUCUAGAGUAAUAUCUCGACAAGGGUGAGGGGGCGGACAGAAAACUCGUUGGUCUUAACCCUGAUUUCGAAACCUACUGUAGUCGAGUUCUUGCGUCAAAUGUUUGUGUUCUUUGUUUUGUAAUGUAAGUUCUACAGGCAGGUUCUUUGUUUUCGAUUACCAAUCUAUUUAGCCUCUCUUUCAAAGAGUAAACUGCUCUCUUGAAAGCUCCCAAGUAGUUCUAACUCAAAUGUGUUUCUUUCUCCAUAGAUGUUCAACUUGUACAUUAAACAAGCUGCAGAGAUAUUUGGCGUGACACAUACGCGAGAAAUCUACGAGAAAGCCAUUGAAGUGCUCCCAGAUGAGCAGUCCAGGUAAGGUGUUGUAUACAGAAGCUCAGAUAUAGAAAAAAAUUUAACUUACGGUUGUUUCACCACUCAACGUUCAUAAGAGCAGCUGUCCCUAAGGGGACUCUACUGUUGGGUGGACAGGUCUCGGUUGUAAGGUGAACAGCAUUAGAGAUUUACAAUCGCGUUUACGGCAAACGGCAAACGUCAAAUUGUACAACGUGACCAACGUUUUCCUUCAUUUAGUAAAGAGGUUAAGUUUCGCGUUUACGUCAAACGGCAAACGCGAGUUUGUACCACGUGACCAAGUUUCCUCUUUACUUGUCGUUUACUGUUCAUUAUUUCCUCGCAUAAAUUAGUAGCUUCACGCAAUUUUUAUCCUGCAUAAGAAUUGUUUUGAACCGUUUUCAUCUGCUCAUUUUCUAUUUUGAGAAAUUCCCAACUUGAAUCGGACUUUUGCCGUUUGCCGUGUACGUGACGCUUAAACUCUCUAUUAUUUCUACGAGAAAAAAUUGUCUCCUAUUGUGUUCAUCCGUAAGAAUUAAUUUGGACAGCUUUUACCUGCUCAUUUCCUAAUUUGAGAAAUUGUCAACUUGCAUCUCACGUUUGCCGUUUGUCGUUCAUCUGUCUAAUGGCUGACACCCGACCUUAUUUCUCACUUUCCUCUACCUAAACUGCUUUAAAUAAUUGAACAUUUCUCAAAAGUGGACAGCAGACUCCCACCGUAGAGAAAGCUUCUGAUAGAAUUGUGAAGCUUAUGUAGCUGUUGGAUUAUUAUGCCUGUACAGUAAUUUUCAAGUAGUUAUAAUAACUCCUCUAGUGGGGCUAAUUUAACUCCUUACAGUGGAGUUAUUUUUUGGGGAGUUGUUUUAACUCCAAAAAGGGGUUUAAAGAACUCUUUUUCAGGAGUAAAAGUGACCCCAGAUAUUGAGGAGUUAAAAUAACCCCCCAAAAGGAGUUAUCCUGUACCUAAAAUUUUUACUCCACUUUCCGAGUUAAAUUAACUCCAAAAAGAAUAAAAACAACCCAUGUAAGGAGUAAAAGUAACCCCAUUUCGGAGUUAUUUUAACUCCAGUCUGGGAGUAAAAAAGAACUCUUUUUCAGGAGUAAAAAUGCCCCAAAUUCGGAGUUAAAUUAGGAGUUGAAAUAACCCCCAAAAGGGGGUUAUCCUGUACCUAAAAUUUUUUACUCCAUUUUUGGAGUUAUAGUAACUCCCUAAAAAUUACUGUGCAUGGGUUUUUGUUCUGGCUGUGGAGCCGUCAUGAAGAAAAAUUUGACUUGUUCCUAAUAUUCUCGCGGCUGCGCUGCCAAAAAGAACACGGCACUCGGCCGCUUAUCCUGCCAGCUACACAGGCUAUGAAUUGGGUUAUUAUUGAGUCAGCGGAUAUUGGCUAGUGAUAUUUCAUAUAGCUUGCGAGCAGGCUCACUUAUGCGAAUUUUCCUUAAACUCUCACAAGUGAGCCCGCUCGCUGGCUAUAUUUUGUAUUGAGCUAACAUUCAUGGAGCCAUUAUGGUGUGCAGCUGAUUUAGCUGUUGUCCAUGGGAAAGGGCGAUUGCUCGCUUCACAGCAGUGAGAGGUUUGUCUUACAAUGAACAAUCUGAUCAGCAGAACGUUGUGUAAUACGUACCAUUUUUGUUCUUUGUGUUAUAUCUCUACAGGGAAAUGUGCGUCCGAUUCGCUGACCUUGAGCGUAAAUUAGGGGAAAUUGACCGUGCAAGGGCUAUUUACAUGCACGCUUCACAGCUGGCUGAUCCACGGGUUUGUAUACAUAUUUCGUUCCUUUUCAAAAGUCAGUUCGUUUUCUAAUCUUUUUGUCUUUUUUACAGACCACUCCAGCGUUCUGGAAAGUGUGGCAUGACUUCGAGGUUCGGCACGGAAACGAGGAUACAUUCCGUGAAAUGCUGCGAAUCAAAAGGAGCGUCCAGGCGCAGUUCAACACGCAGGUCAGAAUCUUAUUCAGUCAAGUCAAGCCUAUUGUGCUGAGUCUCAGUGGCAUAGUAUUUAGCGCGCUGUGUUUAAAACCCGGCCCAAAUAAAUGUACAUCACGGAUCAAUUAAGGUUUCUGGGCCGGAAACUGCCCACCUACCCUUCCCCUAAGUCAACAUUAACACUUACUUCUCACUUAGGGUAAAAAGUUGGAUUAGGGGAGGGGUAAGUAGGAAGUUUCCCAGAAACCUAAAUUGAUCCUAAAUCACUACCCAGUGGAAAAGUGUUGGAGAAACCAAAUUCGCUAUCGACUUGAUAGCGCUAUCCAUCUUUUUAAGCAACUGGCGCCUGCAAAAGGUCUGAGCUCAGGGCCUUGUCAUUCCUUGUUCACACUAGCGACUUAACGAAAUAAAAAAGCCGUCUCCUUUCUCUCAUUUGGCCAUAUUUCCCAAUAGAGACCCAGUUUGUAAGGUUAUAUACUUUACUAGUGUUCGUGAGCUACAUUUGUUCGCGUAAACGCAAUAAUAGACGCCGUGGGUUUUCCACGCCAAGAGCCUUCGACUAACAAGAUAUGACUGUUCAUAUUUUAGGUUAAUUUCAUGUCAGCACAAAUGUUGGCGGCAGCCGCUAGCAAGACUGCCGGAGCAAGUAAGAUUCUGUAAUAUUUAAGACGAUGGUGACAUACAGUAAAAGCCCACAUAUAAGAACUUAGAAUUUUCGAGGUCAGGCUGAACAGGUUCUUAUAUUAUACGGUAGUUUUUCACAAUUCAGGCUGGUUAGGUUCUUAAUAGGUUGCUAUUUUUGAGAGGUUGUCAUAGUGUAACCACUGGCAGAAAUGUAGUACUACUAAUACAUAACGGUUUAUGGAAAACAGAUUUCUAGCGAAAAUCCAAACAGAGGUAAAUCAAAGAAAGCAUAUACACAGUAACUUUCUGUCAGAAGUUUCUCACACAAUUAAAAUCCAGAAUUUUAACCAUCAAAACUGGAGUGAUUUGUUUGUAUAAGAACGUAUUUUUCUUUUCCAGACUAAACAGGGUCUUAUAUUUUUGGGUAUUUAAAUGCCAAAGUUCAGCCUGUAGGUUUUUACAUGAGGGCUGUUACUGUAAUAACAAAGAUAAUGAAUAUUGUCAGAAAUGUAAUAAUGAUGGUGAUAGUGAGGAUGAUAAUUAACGGCCCAGGCGGAUAACACCCUCCUCGAUCUCCAUAAUUCUUUAGAUGAUACGAAAGCCGAAUUCAAUAAUUGUUUUAUUAUUCAUUCAAAAUAGUUCCUAGUUUAAAAACAAGCUAUACCUCCAUCGAUGUUAAGUUUAUCUUCGAUAGCGCAGGGUUGUUCAGGUCUGUAGAUAUUCUCGAAAUAGCAGAUGUCGUCUGUCGAGUUGUCUUCUUGCUGUUCUUGCUAUGUUUGUUAGCCAAUAGUUCGCCUACCUCUUCCUCGUGAAACGACUGAAAUGGUCUGCCAUUUUGUAGUCACUACCAAAACAACUCGACCUCUCUCCGGGUCUUCUCGGUUAACGGUUCAAUAACCUGGCAAUUUUUUGAUUGACGUCAUUUUUCUUCCAAAUUUGGUCGACAAUUAGCCUGUUCACAGACAGAAAAAUAAAACAACGUCUGUGUAUAGGCUAGUCGACAAUAGCUGGUUACGAUGAAUUAUACGCGGGAUUUUAGCCAAUCAGAAACGGAGAACUAUUUUGAAUGAAUUCAUAACGAGAAUGAUGUUGAUGAUGAUGAUGAUGAUGACAAUCAACUGAAAGGAAGUUACAAUUGUCGCUUUGAGGUCUAAAUAAGGUGAAUUCACUUCAAGUUAAAACUGAAAUAUUCUUCGCAGUCUUCGUCGUGGAUGCUUAAGCGCCUAAUAGGAAGCUUUAGCAUCGACGACGGCAACGGCAGCGAAAACGUCAGGUUUAAAAUGAAUUCCCGUUUUCUCAAUCUUUGUCGUGUUUAUUCCAAUUUGCUGAAAAUGGCAAGUGUAGGCGAAUUUCCCUGGUGUUGAUGUUUUGAGGACCGCGCUCACGUUUAGGGAGAGAAAAAGAGAUUCGUCGUCGCUUGUUUACGUCCUCCAAAAAACUUGCAAUUUGGCAUUUUCACGUCGUAGUCCUGCAAGGACGGUAAAGAAAUGUACAAAAAAGCGUGAUGCACGUGCAAAGUUGUUGUUUUGCGUAAUAAACCUUUUGCUUUUUUGACGUCCUCGUUGCCGUUGCCGUCGUCGUUGCUAAAGCUCCCUAAUGAUCGAUGACGACAACAACAACAAUGACGGUGAUGAUUUUGAUGUUAGUUUGUAGUGGUGUCGGUAAUGUUGAUUAUUACUUUUGACGAUGAAGAGCUGUUCUCAAGAUCUUUUCAACUCAAAAGCGGGUCUAUGCCUAAAUUUCUAUAUCCUUACUGUAUAGUGACUCGGUUGAGUACCCUUCUGUGUGAAUGCUGUUACUCACAACGUGUUUGCUCUUUUGUAAAGGUACUGAUGAACCAGUAGCAGAUGACAUGCAGCGGUUAGAACAGCAGGCUCAAGCAGCCGCGGCAGCACCAGCCAGUAAAGCCGACAUCACCGCCAAGUUAAAGGAGAAAGUGUUGUUCGUCAGGUAAGAUAGCUCGACCCAGAUGUAGGUAAAUUCAAGGUAGCAUUAAUAUGUUCCACCCUUUGCUUCUGCCUGAGAAAAAGAGACCCGAGACCUGAUGUUACGGCAGCUUGCAUUCUUGGCUACACGUGAGACACCAAUGAGAGUGUUGUUCUGCGAAAACUUUUGCUAUUUGUCCUCAAAAGUAAAUGCAGCAGCAAGCAACUUUCCGGCGCGUUGAAGUUUCAGAAAGUACCUCCUUCGACUCUUGAGGUAACUUUUGUCAUCUCUCGCCGUCGCAUAAAGCGAGUAUAAACACUUAAAUGCCUUUGCGAAGAAACAAAAUGAGAAUGCUAUAGUCCCGUUAACUAUCCGCUUACUCUCCAAUACUUUUCCCCCGCGCGUCCCUCAUGAACCCUAGGGUGAGAACGUUCCGAAAAGGAGAGAAUUGGGUUGGUGUUUUGGGUAAAGGAACCGUGAGUCUCAUAAUUGCCAGAAUAUACUCGCGCGCAGAAUAGAAACUUUAAACAAAAACAAAACAAUUGUCUAUGUUUUUGUUGACAUGUAUGCGAGCGUCUAACACUAAUCUGCAUCUCUGUUUAACAAGUUAUACAUUAUAUUAAUUUCACAUCAGGGGUGAAACAAGCCACGCAGAAAGUGAGGAAACACAGACAGUUACAAACCCAGAAGAAAUAGACAUUGAUGAGGAUGACGACGAUGAUGAUGAUGAUGACGAACCGGGUACGAAAGAAGUGUUCGUUCAUUAUUUAAUGUUCUGUGGUGGGGAGGGAAGGACUGCUUUGUUGGAUUAGCAAACACCCAGGGGACCUUCACGAGUGUUUGUUUAGGAUCAGAAGCUGCUAUGGUUUUGCGCUUUAAUACGAACACUCCUCUUCUUCGCCUAAAGCGUUCAUUUGUCCCCUUUUGUUUUAAAAGACUGGGGGACAGAUUUAAUACAGGUUUUUAUGUAGACAAUGUGUUACGAAAAUAGGUUUAUACCUUUCCAGUCAGAGCGAGUGUAAUAAGGUAUUUGGAUGAUGAUGAUGCGGAGAAAUGCGAAACGCUGUUAUUCAUCACUAAUGUAACAUGAUGGGAUAUAUUUGCUUUCAUGCAAUUUAAAAACGAAGUGAAGGUGCUAUCCAGAAGCUCCCAAGCUACAUUUUUUGUACUUCAGUAAUCCAUCUGUUACUAUUUUUGUUACAAAUUGCGACCUACAGGUAUUACAAAGUGGGAUGGCUAUCAUAUUUUGUAAUUUUACAAGUGGUUUCCUUUUUUGUUGUCAAAAUUCUUGAUCAGAUGAAGAACUUAGGACCCAGCUGCUUGCACCAUUAAAAUAUGGGUCGUGAAGAUUGCGCAGUUUAUGCUACUCUCUUCUUAUUUGUUCUACUUUUUCCUCCUCUCUUUUUUUCAGAAGUUCAAGUUGAAGAACAGGCAGUUCCAAGCAAGGUUCGUAACAGAAACGUUUUAUUCUUUCUACUCAUGCAUAAUUUUUAAAAUUCAAAACCAUUAACUGGGUGCCAGAGACUUUUCUAGCGCGGUUUCCGGUUUCUGUCAAGUCUUUAUAGUGGUCCGCGCGAAAAGCCUACGGCCGAAGAUGUGUCGGCCUACGACCAACACCGCAAAUUCCCGCCGCACGCGAGAAAAACCUCUGGUACCUAGGGUAACCUCGGGACGGAGCCUCCCAGAAAAAGAAUUCGUUGAGAAAAUAAAAAACGUGGCAAGCGGUGUGGAAAAUAAUGCAUUGCUAAUGAAUGCAUUUUAAAAAAUAAGAAACUAAAUACUGAAAUGCGCUUUUUAGGGUUUGUGGCCAACAUAGGAGGGAGUGAAAGAAAUAUUUCAAUUAACAUAGAAGUAAGAGGCAAACCAGAUGGCCAUUUACCAGGAGCGCUUACCAUUUGUAUGGAAAACCCGGAAAUUCCGGGCAGAAUUCAAAUGGAACGGUUCAUCCCGCUGGAAGUUUUCCGGAAAAAAGUAAUACCUUUCGAGGUAUUACCUUUUUCCCGUUCUUACCGAAACGACUGAAAUUUUCUGUACCAAUUGUUUGGAUUACCAGUGUCGAGAGAAAGUGAAAAAUUUACCGGUAUUUUAUCAAUGGUACAACUCAAUCCAGUUCCUGUUUUCGGUGCCAAAAAUAAUACCAAUACCAUUUAACGGACAUUUUUCACCGAAAUUUCCGUACAAAUGGUAAACGCUCAAGCAUUGCCAGUCGAGUGGGAUUUGAACCCGGGGAGACCGAGUUGAAAUCCUGCGCCCUAAGCCACGGGGCGAUGCUGGCUCAUCUAACAAGUCAAUAGUACUCAUUAAUUAAGAAUUGAGCAUUCAAGUUGUUAAUUAGUAUUUCGCUUUAUUGAGUAAUUAGCUGCGAAUUAACCGAACAUAAAAUCAUCUCACCAAAGCUUCCCCUCGUCUGUGCUAAACCCUGGGUCCUUGUUUUCCGUUAUCAACUGCAUACUCCCUUAGUAUACACUGUUUGUUUUAUAAGAAUUUGUGUUAAAAGAAUAUGGAGGCUGUGAAAUUUUACCAAUAUUUUAAAGAAUAAAUCCGAAACUAAGACUUUGAAAAGAAUAUAAUUUUUGCGGGUUGAAAUUUGUUCGUACAAGACAAUCACAUGUACUGAAAUGAACUGUAUUACAAUCUUCCUUUCUCAUAACGGUAGAACUAGCUAAUAAAACAAUCAGAACCAGCAAUGGCUAAAUAUUCUGAUACAGAUCUAGACAACAAACACUUUUAGUAACUGAUACCCCACUUACGCUGUAAUCUCAGAAUAACCACAAGAAUAUUUUCAGCCUAAUAACGUCGGCAGAAAAACAAGGAUAAUCAGCUUGGGCCGGAAAAACAAUAUUCUUUAGUAUAAAGAAAGGUUUUAUACUUUCUUUUGUCGAGAGAUCUGUUGUUUUAAAAGCUCCUUUAUAGAGCUGUUUCAUCUGUCUCCUCCCAAGUGCUUAUUAUAUAUCUGAAAAUACCGUUUUCAUGAUUUCAGGUUUUUGGAGGAUUAAAGAAAGACGACGACUAA